AUGGGUGACGAUAUGGAUUCGGAUAUGGAAAGUAAGUAUAAGCUUUUUCUUAACAUUCUUAUCCUUUUAAAAGGUCAUAUAAGUAUAUUUGUUCAGUGCCUCUUGGAGAACGCCUCCGUUCUUAUCUCAGUUCUCGUGGUGGAUGUGUUGCGAACGAGCUUGUGGUUUUUGGAGCUGGAAAGAUGGCUCAGUGUUUGAUUGAAACUUUCGUAGCUAGAGGUAAGCUUUCAAGAUCUGUUAAUUUAUUUUUGUUUAGAAUGUUUCUCACGCGAGGAGAUUGUCCCAAUUACACAGUCUCAAAAGUCAGCUUUGAACUGGAUUGAACGAGGUUACGAGCGAGCUACUACUUUGGCCCAGUACAUUCAGACAAAUCCAGGUAAGUAUUGCAAUGAAACUUAUAGUUUUAAUGUUUAGGAGAAGCGAAUCGUGUUAUUAUGAUUGGCGUGAAGCCACAAAUCAGGACCGAGUUGUUUGAUGUUUUGAUCGCUUCAAGUUUGCGACUAAACGCUGUACUGAUUGUCUCGAUUUUGGCUGGUAUUACCCAUACUACCCUGUCUACUGAGGUAGGCUUUAUGAAUUUUGCAUCAACUUAUAUAAAUCUUUCAAAACUUUUUGAUAUAAUAUUUUAUAAGUGAUUCUGUGUGUUGUUGUGGUAGAUUCAAAACUGAAACUAAGGCCGUAUAUGUACUCGUACACGUUUAACUGCUCUAUUUACAGUUGAGCUUCUUGGGCGGAAUACCAGUGGUCAGAGCGAUGCCAAACGUUCCUUCAGAGAUUGGAGCCGGAGUUACAUUGCUAUAUUCCACAAAUGAAGACGCUUCAAAAGUUGCGGCGACUUUGCUAAAAGCUGCCGGAGAAGUGUUUGUACUUCCGGAAACUCAGUUCAAUGCUGCAGCUUCAGUUGCCGGUUCUGGACCUGCGUUUGCAGCUUUGUUGGUGGAAGGAUUGGCUGACGGUGGAGUUCUGUCUGGAUUGCCUCGCGACAAGGCUCUUCAGAUGACAUUGUUGAUGUUGAAGGGUUCGAUUGAGUUGAUGAUACAGAGUGGAUUACAUCCUGGUCAAUUGAAAGAUAAGGUUUGUUCUGCUGGCGGAACGACGAUCGCUGGAGUUCGAGAGUUGGAGAAGCACGGUGUCCGUUCAGCUUUGAUGGAAUGUGUGAAAUCAGCUACUGAAAGAGCUUUUGAGUUGGGAGGUCAAUCUUCUAAAUAA